CGCGCUCUCUUUUCCAACGCUGCAGCUGCGCGCUCGCCUGCCGCUGAGCUCGCCGGGCGCGCCGGGCGCGAGGGCGGCGAGUGCGCGCCGGCGGCCCUCUGCCCUCGCGGGGCCGCUGGAUGGCCUUCGACUGGCUCGAUGACGACCGCCAGCCGCUGCAGUUCAUCAUCUCGGUCUCGGAGGUGGCCAUCGCGGGCCUGAUGCUGCUGCUGAUGCUGUCGGUGUGGGUGUACGUGCUGGUGCGCGCGCGACGGCGCGGCGGCGGCAAGCUCUACCUACCGCGCGCAUCGCUCGGCAUGCUCGGCAUCCUCUGGAUGCUCGCCGUCUUCUUUUCGCACGUCGCGCUUUGGGACGUUCUCGGCGCAGCGGACGUGGUGGGCGUGGAGCUGACGCGGGACAAGGAGCUGGUCUGCCAGGUGACCCUCUCCGUCUCGCUCGGCCUCGCUGAGCCCGCCUUCCUCGCCCUCGUCGGAGAGACGGCGGGCGAGGGCGCGCGCUACUGCCGCGCGCUGCGCCGGCUCUCUCCCUUUCGGCGCGCGUGUGUGGUCGCGCUGCCGUUCGCGCUGCUGCAGUCCGCGCUGAUGAUCACGACCGCCCUCGACCCGCACCUCCGCUACAUCCAGGAGUCGCCGGAGGAGGCGAAGGGGGUCUCGGCGGCGAAGCUCUUCCUGCCGCUGCCGCCCAUCCCGCUCGAGUGUGACGACGCCGCGCUGGACCAGCGCUGCAACGCUUCGUGGGUGUCGGAGGAGUACGAGGCGGGCAGCGGCGGCGAGGAGAUCGCCUUCAUCUACCCGUGGUGGCACGAGGAAGGGUGCGCCGUCUCCAUCGCCUCCCUCUCGCUCAACGCGGUGUUUGUGCUGCUCUUCGAGUUCUUCUGGACGCUGUGGUGCCUCCGCCUGGCCAAGCUCGUGCUGAACAUCAAGAUGAGGCGGCGGCUGCUCGUGGUGCAGCUGGCCUACACGCUCAUCCCGGAGCUGCGGCAGGCGCUAGUGGAUGGCGAGAGGACUCAGUAG